AGAGAAGAGAGAGAGAAGAGAGAUGAGAGAGAAAAGGGGCAGAAGUGAAAAUCAGAAAACCCUAGAUCCGAUCGGCGAGGAUGGUGUAGUCAUCGGAAAAGAUGGAAAAGGGUUCUUCGCGUGCUACAUCUUGACUUCACUCAGCCCUCGUCACAAGGGCCACACCUACAUCGGGUUCACGGUGAACCCAAAGCGCAGGAUAAGACAACACAAUGGAGAGAUCACAAGUGGUGCAUACAGAACCAAGAAGAAACGUCCUUGGGAAAUGGUCCUCUGUAUCUAUGGUUUCCCCACCAAAGUCUCUGCCCUUCAGUUUGAGUGGGCUUGGCAGCAUCCUAGAGAGUCACUUGCAGUGAGAGAAGCUGCUGCUGCUUUCAAAUCCAUCUCUGGACUUGCUAGCAAUAUCAAGCUUGCUUACACUAUGCUUUCUCUUCCUGCUUGGAACAGCUUGAACCUGACAGUCAACUAUUUCUCAUCAAAGUAUGCACACCUUGGCGGUCUUUCUCCAAGUCUGCCUCCACACAUGGAAGUCCAUGUUUGUCCUAUGGAUGAUCUUCCGUGUUUCAAUAAAGAUGACAACAACUCUCAAGAAGAAGAUGAAGAGAGUAAUGAAGAAGAGGAUGAUGAUAAUAGAAACCAAAACAACCAGCCUGGGAAUCCAACUUCAAGCUACUUGCUUGACCGACAUUGUGAGAAAGAGAAGCCAAAAGGAUCAGAAACUGUACUUGAUGACAGAUUAGCAAAUUUCACUGGUUUUGGGUUAUUAGAAGAGAGUGAUGAAGAUGAAGUAUUUAAUGAAGCGAUGGAGAAAGAACCUGAGACUGUCUUUAAUGACAGGCUAGGAAAUAUCACUGGUUUUGGUGUAGAGAAGAUUGUUGAAGAUGAAGUAUCAUAUAGAACUAUGGAGAAAGAUUGUUGGAGAAGAAGCAACUUGAUCACAUCGACCACUGAAGUUGAAGUGAUAGAUUUGAUGACUCCAUCACCUACAUGCAGAGUUGGAUCGUCUAUGAAGAGGCCAAGAGUUUCUGAGUUUAUAGACUUGACAAGGUCUCCUAAUUUCAUAGAGUUGUAAAAUAAAAACAAUACAAAAGUUGUGUCAUGUGUGCAAAUCAAAGUCAACUUUCUUGUAAUUUUAUUUACACAAAAUAAACUUGGUGUAAGAUUGAAAUUGAUGAGAUCCAGUGUGCGUUAUUAGCGUCAAUGAUUUAAACUAUGAAC